ACGAGAAAAAUACGACAUCUCCUUCGACGCAUUUUUAGAGAAAUGGAAAGAGCCGAACGGACGCAUGGUCAAAAAUAUAACCAAAUUCAUACGAGAAACAAAAAUCUCACUUUGAAUAGAACCAAGCAAGACAUGAAACAUGCAGCAUAAACGAAAAGCAUAACACCACUCAUCUGACAAACAGACCAAGCAGAAAAACAACAGACUCCGCAACCGGGUAGAUGACUCUUGAGCAGUCCUAGGACUCAGUCGAAAGCCCAAACGAAACAGUUAACCUUUGAAUAUGUGGGGGGAACAAUAGUUGCUCAUACGCAUAGAAGGCUAUACCCUGUUUCAACAAAAUAGAAGAAGAAGAAGAAGAAGGAAUAAGCCCGGGAACGCGCCUGUAUUGAUUCAUUACUACAUCGAAAACAAUUCCAAAUGGGUGGUGGCGAUCUGAACACGAAGAAAUCAUGGCAUCCAAACACGAUGAAAAAUCAGGAGCGCGUGUGGAAGGCAGAACAACAGGAAGCAGCCGAAAAGCGUCGUCUGAAUGAAUUGCGCCGCGAAAUUGACGAAGAACGCAAUCGGGAAGAGCUGAAAAGCAUCGGACAAAAAUCGGGCAUCCUUCCGAGCGAUGAGGGUGACAAGAAACUCGAAUGGAUGUACCGCGGUCCAUCACAGCUGGUCAAUCGCGAAGAGUACCUGCUGGGGCGAACGAUCGACAAAACGUUCGAAGAUUUGGACGCACAGGAAAAAGCAUCAAACUCUACGUUCGGUGUUGCUCAACCGAAAAAUCACGUCGAACAUGAGUGCAUCCCGUUCUCGAUCCGCCAGCACAAGGAUGUGCUCAGUAACGAUCAGGUUGAUCUUGCCCGGAAGCUAAUGGAGGAUCCGCUGAUGUUGAUCAAGCAGAAAGAGAUGGAAUCCCGGCAAAAGAUUCUUCAAAAUCCGGUCAAGCUGAAAGAGUUGCACCGGCUGCUGAAGGGAGAUCAAAGCUUGAAAGCUUCGACGGAGGAAAAGAAAAGUCAUCGGAAAAAGGAGAAAAAGAGCAAAAAAAGCAAGAAAAGCCAAAAGAAAAAGAGUAAAAAGCACAGCGAUAGCAGCGAGUCGGAUGACAGCGAUAGUGAGGGCAGUGCCGAUUUGGAUAAACUUUUAGCGGAAAAGUAUAAGAAAGUGGCUGGGGAGCAGCAAGAAGCGGUGAGCAUUAGCAAACUGCUGACCAUGAAGUUUGAUAAAUUGUCCCAAGAGCUGGAUGUGAUGGGCAGCGGUGGUAGUAAAAAGAAAAAGUCACGACGCGAUCGAAGCGAAUCGUCCGAUUCGUCUGAAUCCGAUAGGAGAGGCUCACGGAAGCGUGGCGAUAAUCGUCACGGAAAGCGGGACAAGCGCGAUUCCAGAAGUAGAGAAAGGGGAAGAAACAUACGGAAAGACUCUCGGUCGCGUGAAGUGAGGAAAGGUAGAAGGGGAUCUUCCGAUGACAGUACACCGGAUCGUAAACGCGAUAGAAACGUGGCCAAUUCGGCACGAGAUAGGAGUAGGGAAAAACAUAGAAAUAAGUCACCUGGUCGCUCAAGCAACCGAUCUCCCGCUCGCAAAAUAUACCCAACAAAAGACAAACACAGUCGAGGACGUUCCCGAUCAAGAUCAGCGGAAAGGAAAAGGGGAAAGGGCGACAAACGCCGGUCUCGUUCCCGGUCGAGAUCGGUGGAAAAGAAAAAGGAGAAGGACACUAAACGUCGAUCCCGUUCCCGAUCGCCAACAGUAGAAAAGAACAAAGCGAAGAACGCCAACCGUCGCUCCCGCUCUCGAUCGACAUCAGCGGGAAGGAAAAAGGCAAAAGACACCAAAGCUAGAUCACGUUCGCGAAGUCCACGCAAGCAAAGUUACACUCCAACAAAGCAGAAACCAUCAACUAAACCACGCAGGACCCCGUCUAGCUCAUCAUCAUCGUCAUCGUCCGAUUCGCAUUCUGACGCUGCGGAACAACAACCGGCCCAAACGCGUCACCCAUUCACUGGAGAUUCUGACGAUGAAAGACGCAUCAAAAAGAUACGCAAUUUUGGGCUUGUAACCGCUGCCGGCGAAAAGCUAGACUCGUCAUCAUCCCGCCCGGAAGUGCGACUGUACAAACGCGAAGAGAUAAAGGCAGAACAGUCGAAGCAGAAGCCAACCUGGACCAAACCAACGGAGAAGAAGCGGCCCCUAAGCGAACGGGAGCUGGAAGAGAAGCGUCUUGCAAUGAUGAGCAAUGCACAGUGGCGCGAAAAGGAGCGGGAAACGAACGUGAAGCGGUACGAGUCGGAGGAUCAUCGUGAGGAGGUUACAGUAAGCCGGGACUACGAUAAGGAGUUCCUGACGAAGCAGUUCAAGCGAGCAGCUGCCAGUGAAACGGUAGAGUCACGCAUACGCUCCAAUCGCAACAAUAUUCAACGGUCGAACGGUGCCAUGGACAGGAAUUUCGUGAAGCGAUGAGCCAACCAACUGUAUUGUGUGAAUGGUACAAAAUUGCCCUGUUGUAUGGAGAAGGUCGAAAUAAAUUGAAUUAUUUGAUGAAGGCAUCACCUGUGGGACGGCGAUUCUUUGCCGCACCCUGUGAACGAAAUGAA